AUGGGAGCGUGUUGCGAAGGAAGAGAUGUUUCAAGCCAAGAAGCAAGGAAUGAGGUUGUUCAUAUUGGAAACACUGGAAGAGGGGCAAGCUUCAAUCUUAAGGUAGCUGACAAGUCAAAGGUUCCUGAUGCCCCUCCACGAGAAGAAGAAGUCAUUGCAAGCAGCGAGAAAAAGCUAGAAUUUUCAAAAUUGAACAGCAAAGAUAUCAUCAAUGCCUUUACUGCAGAAGGCAUGGAAGGGGUAUUAAGCAGGCCACAACUAAAGCGCGCCUUUCUUAGCCUUGGAUUGCCUGAAAAUGACCUAACGUCUCCAGAUGCGCCUUUUUACCAAAUUUUAGCAAAAAUAAAAAAUGAGAAAAAGCUGUAUGAUAUUAGAAAAGUGGCUCUUUUAGGAUUGCUAUCCCUUUUAAAGGAUUAUUGGGAGUUCUCUUACUAGCUAAUUCCUUAUUUUAAACUAAAAUAAGCUUAACAUGUUCAGUAAAUAUAUAAUUUGUUCUUAAAAAGAAUAUAGGAAAAGGCUCAAACAUAGAUAAAGCACGCUUACUGUUUAAGCAAUACGAUUCAGGAAGCUUAGGAAGCCUAGAUACAGGAAAAGUCGAAUUAAUGGUCAACGAAAUCAUUGAUUUAUCAGUCAAUAUUAUCCCUGAUAUUGCUAUAGGAGAAGGCGCUGGAUAUUUGACGAGAGAGGAAGAAGACGCAUAUGAAGACCGCUUGCGUGCUCGACAGCAAAACACAUUUAAUGAGGUCAAAAGGAUUCUUAUUAGUGAAGGCCAAUUGAGUGAGUCUGAUUUUAUAGUCAAAAUGUCUGAUUCUAAGCUGCCACUUUAUAAGUUGCUAUCAAGUGUAGGGACAAGAGCACUUAUCAGAUCUCUAUCUAAUGCCUUAAUCUUAAUCUUAAUUAUGCUCCUCCAUUUAUAUUGAAAGAAAAAUCCUAUUCAAAUUUAAAGGGGGUUAAUUUUUUUUAAAAACAAAUUAAUUCAAUUAAUAGAAUUAUUUAAAUAAUAUUCUACUUGAACUUUUUCUAUUAAAUUAGGUCAAAACUAAUUUUUUACUAUUAAAAAAAUUGCUCUAACUUAAAGGUGCUCCAAUUUAAAACGGCAGAGUUAUUGAAAAGUCUACUUUAAUUUUGAAGGACUACUUCCACUCCUAAUACUUCUUUGCCUGCUCGCCAGUUCAUACAGAGCUCACAAAGGUUGCUCCUGCUGGGCGAGGGGCUUUCACUUGCUCCCCGGCAUAGCUGGAAAUUGGGUUUGAUUUUAAUUAGUUAUUGAACUUGAAUUUUAAAGUAGUCUUUAAAAUUUCGCCUUUUCUGUCGUGGUUAAUUAGGAUACAACAUCCAACUCGCUUUUGGAUGAAAUGUCAAACACAUUUGACAAGCCAAAAAUAAUUAAAAUUGACAUAACUUGGAUUUGACAUUCAGAAAUCGGCUCUAUUGAAAGCUAUAAAGGCGGAUUAAGUAUAGUUGAAUGAAUUGUAUCAGCGCAUCCACAAGGUUGCCCACCAUUGACAAUAUUGACAAUGAUUGAAUUUUCUAGCCAACUCUCGACAAAAUUUUAUUCUGAAGUCCAGGGCGUAACUCCUAGUUUCACGUUUGGGAGAAAUUCCAAUUUGCCAGGAAAUUAGCCAAUUGCUCUCCUGGAAGAUUUCUUUUCAAUCUCGUCUCCAUUCUCCUAUGAUGCAAGACCUUAAUCUAGAGUAAAGCAUGCAGUCAACUAGCACUUCAUUGUACUCCACCAAACCAAGUAAAGCCUCAUCGGAUAAACAUUUCCGAACGUCAUCCUCCCUUCCCCGAGAUCUCUGCACACAUGUAGGAUGUCAGCCACAGGAGUUAAAAGGCGGGUUCGCCAUUUAAUGUGCAUCUAUCUAAUACCAACUAA